GCCAAUGGGAUGAGGGUUCCCUGGCUGCAGCUGGCCUGGUCUGGCCUGCCCUGUGAGAAGCCCAGCCGAGGUAGGAGACCUGCAAAGCCCGGCACCAAGCGGCAGUCCUGCUCCCCCCCAACCCAGCUCCUCCCGCUACGGAAUGACCAGUCUGUCUUGACGCACCCUGUGCCCACCCCCCGGCACAGGGUCAUCUUUGGGGUGGCCUUUCACAGCCCUUGUGUUUGUUUAGCAGGGCUUAGCAUGACUCAGUCCCCAUGAGGUCGGCUUCCUCCGCUACAGACCCUCCGUAGGGCAGAGAGGGCCCUUCUGGGUGGGUGUGGCCCAGGAGUGGCCUUCUCUGUGGUGGCUCCUAAUCUGUGGCACUCCCUCCCCAGAGAGGUGUGUCUGGCACCUUCAUUACAAGACACACCUCCUUACCUUGCCCUCUGCCCCUUGUUGGGUCAUUUCCACAAAUUUAGGUCAUUUUAAUAUUGUGUCUCAGACUUGGGGCCUUAGGCUGAAUUGUGGGUAAAUAAUAUUCAUAAUCGCAAUAGGCAGUGUGGUGUAGUGGUUAGUGCUUGACCAGGACCUGAGAGAGCAAGAUUCAAAUCCUCACUCAGCCUUGUAGCUCCCUGGGUAACCUUGGGCCAGACACUCAGUCUCAGCCUGUCCUACCUCACAGGGUUGCUGUGGAUAAAAGAGAGAUGAGGAGAAGCAUGUCCACCACCUUGAGGAAAGGUGGGGUAUAAAUGAAAUAGAUUAAAUAAAUGAAAUAAGAAGAGUUCAGUGGCAGAGCGCAUCCUGUGUUAAACGAUGGAACUCCCUCCAGCGAUGACCACGAACUUAGAUGUCUUUGAAGGAGGAUUAGGCAAAACCGUAGAGGACAGCAGGGUAUCAGUGGCUACUAGCCAGGAGGGCAACGCUCUGCUCCUGAGGUUUUCAACCUUUCUGAGUCCACGGCUCACUUGACCAACUACAUUUUUCCCUGUGGCUCCCCUGUGGGGCUCAGGAGCCCAGUUAGGUCCCCCUUUGCCUGCAGAGCUGGCAGCCUCUCCCCCUUUUCCAAACACCCUCCCUUGUGGAGUAUUCCCUCAGCCUCCUCUCCCCCCUCCUUGGGAGUCCUCUGGGCAGCCACUGCUGCCGCCCCUGGUCUCUGAACUGCCCCCCUGCCCCAAAGAGAGGGGCCUCCUCACACUGCCCCACAGGGGCCUGGGAAGAGGAUGUCCCCAGCCUUAGUGGUCCAACAGAGACUGGCCAAAGGUGAAGGUGAGGCCAACGCCUUGCCUUGGGUGGCAGCAGCGGGCACUGCCAGGCCUGCAUGGCGGAAAGGCUCCCCUUCAGCACCGGGCACUCAGCUCCCAGGCAAGCCUUGCACACAGCAAGCCCAGGAAAGGCCAGCUUGGCCCUUGUCUGCCUGCCUGGCCUCCCACUUGUUUCUCCAUUCCCAACAGCAAGGGCUGGCAGGCUGGCUGGGCUCCCUCGCCCGCUUGCUUGCUUACUCUGAUGCUGCCUCAGCAACCAGCACCCCCUGACCGCCCCAGAGGCACCAUUCGCCUGUGGGGCUUAGAGCCAGGGCUGCUGCAAUAAACAGCUGUGCAAACCUUGGGGAGGCAGAGACGCAAGAGGGCAUCAGGAGAGGGAGGGAACAAAAGAGGGGCAGAGGCCAGGGUUGCCCAUAGGACCCUUGACCACCAUUCAGGGCACCCCAGGGUGCCACGGCACACUGGUUGAAAACCACUGCUCCAUGCAGUUGGAGACAGCCGUUCUCCUGGAAACCACAGGAGGAGAGCGCUGCUUGCCAGCUUCCCAUUGGGCAGCCACUGAAAGAACAAGGUGCUGGACUGGAAGGGGCUACUGGCCUGAUCCUGCAGGCUCUUCUUAUGUUCUGAUCCUGCUGUGUAUGCAGAAGGUCCCAGGGUUGGACCUCAGCACCUCCAGCUAAAAUGGCCUUCCGUACUGAGGCUGGGAAAGACCACUGAGCCUCCUGCUGCCAUGAGAGAGCAAGGAGGGCUGCUUCCAGUCAGAGCCGAGGAGGCCCAGCUAAGUGGCCAAGGGUUGGGCUCCAGGCAAGGUCUCCCCUCCCUGUGCUCAAACAUCCAGGCUGUGUCCCUCUGGGCGUGAGAUGCCUGGGUUGAUUCCGUCUUUCCCUGCCUUUUUUGGCCAGUCUCCAGCUGCUGCUGCUCCUUCCUUCCUGUUUGGUCUCCAGCACCGUUGCUUAGUGACGUACAAUGCCACCCCCCUUCCCUUCCCUUCCUGGGAGUCCAGGUCAGCCCAGCGCCUGCACUGCUCUCACUGGCCCUGUUUGCAUCCCAGAACAGCCAACAUGGAAGAGGAGCCCAUUGAAGAUGUGCCCAUGGGGCCCUCGGAGGAAGAGCAAGAGCAGGGGGGUCAGAGGACCUCCUCCACUGCCCUGGAGGUGGAAGAGGAGAUCAUCCUGCCUGCUUCCACUUCCUUAGAUGAUGAAGACGAGGAAACCAUCUUGCCCGUGUCCACAUCCCUGGAAGGGGAAGAUGGUGGCAAGGAGACGUCGCUCCCGCCUUCGGAGUGGGAGACCUCCGAGUCGCUGGUCCCGCAGGAGCAGAGCCCCAGCAAUGACGGGUCUUCUUCCCAGCCUCUGGAGAGCUCUGAGCCCUCUUCUUCCUUGGCUUCCUCACCUUCCUCGUCGCCCGUUUCCUGGAGGAGGCAGAAGGACAACCAGCUGCAACCCCUGGAGGAGGUGGAGGACACUGAGGAGACAACGGCGGAGCUCAGCAGCAUCCUUCCCCAGAGGAGCCUGGAGAAGAAGGCCAAGAAGAAGGGCGCCAUGGUCAAGAAGGGAGCUCUGAGUAGGUGACGCGGGAUCUGACCCACAGGGGAGGGGACUUCUUGGGGAGGACUUUGGGUUGGCUGUGCCCGGGAGGAGGGGGUGAAGGUUCUAGGGGAGCAACAUGUGGCACCUGGAAGCUCUGCAGGACAGGGAGUCACAGCAUCAUAGAACUGGAGAAUGGGAAGGGCUCCCCAAAGGGCAUCUAGUCCAAUCCCCUGCAAUGAAGAAAUCUCAGUUGGAUCAUACAUGACAGAUGGUCACCCAGUCUCUGCUUAGCGCUUAAAAACCUCCAAGGAAAGGAAGUCCACCACCUCCUCAGGGAGACCAAUCCACUGUUGAACAGUUCUUACUGCCAGAAUUCUACUGUGUUACCAUCUUCCUUAAAGGACGCGGGUGGCGCUGUGGGUUAAACCACAGAGCCUAGGACUUGCCGAUUAGAAGGCUGUCACUUCGAAUCCCCACGACGGGGUGAGCUCCCAUUGCUUGGUCCCUGCUCCUGCCAACCUAGCAGUUCCAAAGCACGUCAAAGUGCAAGUAGAUAAAUAGGUACCACUCCAGCGGGAAGGUAAACAGCAUUUCCGUGUGCUGCUCUGGUUCACCAGAAGCGGCUUAGUCAUGCUGGCCACCUGACCCGGAAGCUGUACGCCGGCUCCCUCGGCCAAUAAAGCAAGAUGAGCGCUGCAACCCCAGAGUCGGCCACGACUGGACCUAAUGGUCAGGGGUCCCUUGACCUUUAGGAGCACAAUAGCCAGAGAGUUGGAUGGAGAGCUGAGCUGGAAGCAGGAGACCCAGAGACCUGCUUGCUCUGUGCUGGGUAUCCAAAGCCGCGACUGUUUGGGGUUGAUGCUGUGAGCCCCUCCAGGAGUGAGUUUGUGGAACCAAAGCAGCAGGGCCCCCCAAAAGGUUUGGGAACCACUGAUUUAAAUCAUUCCUAUUUAGCCUUUCUGUGCUGAAGUGAACUGAGCAGAUCACGAAGCACCAACUCUUGUUGGACUGGGCUUAUGAGUUUAUGAGUAAAUAGCUACCAGUCCCUCGGAAGCCAUUCCUCUCCUAAUCCCGCUGGGCCGCAUCCUGUCUCUCUUGCCAGACUACACAGCGAGGCCUGUGGUGCCAGCUGAGAAGGCAGAGCUGAUAUCGGUGGCCAAAGCGAUGCACCGGGAGAACUUUGGCAAGAACGUCAAGGAGCUCUUCCAUCUGGAGAAGGAGGCAGCCCUGAAGUCCAUCGAGACAGGUGGGCGGAGCCUGCAGGCCAGGCAGAUGCUCCAACCUGUAACGUGUGCGUGAGUAUGCACAGGCACAUGUGCAAAGUUCUGCUUUUAGGCAAACAAAACCCAAGGCCCGCAUGCAGGAGGGGACCCCCUGCCUUGGCACAUGUGGAAAGCAUCUCGGCAUCAAUGCCAAUUGCAAACUGAACAUGAGGGAGCAGGUUGGGACACGGGUGGUGCUGGGGUCUAAACUACUGAGCCUCUUGGGCUUGCCAGUCAGAAGGUCGGCGGUUCGAAUCCCCACGACAAGAAGAGCUCACGUCCCUCCAUAUCAGCUUCUGCCAACCUAGCAAUUCAAAAGCACACCAGUGCAAGUAGGUAAAUAGGUACCGCUCCGGCGGGAAGGUAAACAGCAUUUCCAUGCACUCUGGCUUCCGUCAUGGUGUCAGAAGCAGUUUAGUCCCACUGGCCACACGACCCAGAAAACUGUCUGUGGACAAACGCUGGCUCCCUUGGCCUGAAAAGCAAGAUGAGCGCUGCAACGCCAUAGUCACUUUUGACUGGACUUAACCAUCCAGGGGUCCUUUACCUUUUGCCUUUAUGAGGCAGCAGUGGGACACAGCUGCAAAAAAGGCUAGUGCAGUCUCAGGCUGCAUUCAUAGAACCGUAAAUCUCCAGAUCAGGAGAAGAAUUAGUUCCAUUUUAUUCUGAGCUAGUCAGGCCUCACCUGAAGUCCUCUGGGCGGUUCUGGAACAGCUUCAGAGGUUGAGGGCUCCAGGGGAAUGGAGAGCUAGUCCUGUGCGGACAGGUCAGAGGAACUGGGUGUGCUGAGCCUGGAGAAGAGAAAAUGAGGGGUGGGGGACAGGAGAGUCUUUCUCUUCCUCCUCCUCCUCUUCUUCUCCUUCUCCUUCUCCUUCUCCUUCUCCUUCUCCUCCUCCUCCUGCUGCUUCUCCCAAGGCCUGAUGGGAUUUCACAGCACAGAAGGGGCUGCUGUGGCUGGUUCUUUGCUGCCUGCGAGGGCAAAUGAGGCAACCAUUUGCCAGUGGAGCCAGCGGGCUUUCCCAUCACGGGAGUUCCUUGAGCAGAGGCUAAAUGCCCACCUGCUGGCGAUUCCCACAAGAUCCCCUUCGUCCUGACUCCAUGAGUCCCUCUUGCUGCUCAAGGAUGAGCUAGGACAACAGACGGCCUCCCCAAACUCCGCCUCUGAGGGUUUCUGGCGGGACCAUUUCUGCCAUUGGGUGUACUGGAAGCCCAGCAUUUGGGGGCUGAAGAACCCUCUUUUCUCUCUCCCCAGGUAAGACAUGAGAGGACCGUAGAUGCCAGCUACGCUGUGCCAGGAGGCAGCCCCCAUGAGGAGAUGUCAGGCCCUCCCCCACAGUGUUUCUGCCACCCCCAAACCAUACUGGCCGUGGAGGUAAUCCCCAUUCGCAGCAGUGGGGUUAUGAACAGGGGAAGCGGCUGGAUCCUGGUCCCAUCUGUUGGCCCACCUGACACAGCAUGAUCCGCUGUGGCUCUCCGGGGUCUUGGGCAGAGAGAGAGGGGCUUUCCCCAGCCUCCCACCCCAAAUCCAGUGAGCUGUGCUCUGGCCCUGAGCUAUGGACCUUCCCUUCAAAGCUUCCUCAGACAAGCACCCCCCCCACGCCCAAAGUCUGUUUGAGUGUAGAAGGAAGGGCACAGCUUGGCAUGGGAUGCCACUCUGUCUCCUGGCCCAGAAGCUGUUUGGCAGCCUGAACGGCGGCAGCAGCAGCCCUUGCCCUCUCCCACGGGGUCAGGAUUAUGCCAAAGAGGCAUUUGGGCUCUCUAGAGGAAGGUUGCAGGAGUAGAUGGGGCCUUUUCUUACAAUAUGCCUUUAAAGCACAUUCAGAGAGCAACUGUAGUUUACCCUUCAGCCGCUGCAGUCCUUCCCACAGGGGUUAGGCUCAGCCUGGUAGAGGCAGCGCCUGGUGGUCUGGAGGGGCCAGGCCCAGAGCCCAGAUAUCAGGGAAGGAGUGGGGGGAAAGCUCCUCACCUGUGCCAGUUUGGCCCAGGCAGUGGGUGGGCUCAGCUCCCCUGCCUCCCGUCUGCCUGAAAAGCCGCCUCUCCCACAGGCCUCUAUAUCGGCUGGCGCUGCCCUGAGUACCUGUGGGACUGUUUCCGCGUGGGCGACGAGUCCAAGUGUUUCUGCGGGCAUCUGCUGAAGCAGCACCAGGUCUAUGUAGGUAAGUCAUGGGGGGGGAGGUAAGGAGCUGGCAGUCAAGUCGUUGGUCCUGUCUGAGAGAGGGAACUGCGGGCAUCGGAAGCAAGGGCAAUUCUGAGCCCUGCAGUAGAAGUGGCGGGGCCCCCCCAUUGGUUUGGCCACAGCCCUUGAUGUGCAGGUCUCCUGCUUCCAUCUAUGGAGGUUCCACUUAGCUCUCAUGGCAGUUCCUGCUUGAUGUGCCCUCUGCCAAUGUGCCCAAUGCUAAUGAUGGCACUCAGGUGACAAAUGCAGUCAUCAUCUCACAAAGAAACGCUCCAUGGCUCGUUCAGUCAUGAAAUCCUCCAGGAGUUUUCAAUUCUUGGAUCCCCAGAAUCAGCGGCGGAGGAAGCUGCCCAGGCACCUGGGGUGGGGCGCCCAGGGGUGGGGCGAGCCCCCCCAUAGGAGUGGGGGCACACUGCGGGGCCUCUGGAGUCUGCCUGCAUCCUCCCACUCAGCUGCCCUACAGCUGGGGGGGGGGAGGCGGCAGGCAGACCGUUUGGGCAGUGCAGAGUGGUGGCUUGGGCGCGCUGUGGGCUCCAUGGUGAGUGCCACCCGGCAUUUUGUCACCCCCCCUCAGUAGUGACACCUGGGGCGGACCGCCCCCCUGCCCCCUUCCUUCGCCCCUGCCCAGAAUGAGAAGGGACUGGGGACGCCAUGCAGACUGACCCCACCCCCAAACUCACAACUGUGCAUAGCUGUCAACGUUUCCUUUUUUUAAGGGAAAUUCCCUUAUUCCGAAUAGGAUUCCUCGUAAGAAAAGGGAAAAGUUGACAGCUAUGUAACUGUGCCGCGUUUCAUCUACAGUGUAGAAAGCUGGCACACCUAGGGUACGCCCGGGGCAGGCUCUGCUGCGGCAAAUCUUGCAAAGUGAUGGCACAGGAGAUAUGGGGCACGUUCAGCUCCACAGGGUGGGACACCUGUCUCUUGCCACAACUCGUCUCUGAGCGGCUCCUGCCUUUGCUUUCAGUUCCCCCCAAGGACUUCCCCAGCCCCUCCUUGGGCUCCUUCAGCCCCCGCAGCUCCUCCUGACCAGCUCACUGCUGCUCCUUUCUCCAGACAGGCGGGCGACCGUGUCCUGUACCCUGCAGGGGUGCAAAUGCCAAGCCUUCAUGUUCAUCCCCUCCCGCCCAGAGGAGGUGGGCGAAUUCUGGCUGCGGAGAAGAACCGGCUUCGACCCAGCGGCCUGGCGGGCCAAAUGCCGCUGCAAGCACACCCACGAGGAGCACACGCCCAAUGGAGCCCGGGGCUGCGGUGCCCGAGGUGGGUGGGGGUGGGGUCCCCCUCCCCACUCGUGUCCCUGGGGUGCAAGGAAGGGCAGAGGGUGCCAGGCAUGAAGGCCUGCCCACUGCAGUGGGUUGGACAAGAUGACCCUGGGGGCCCCUUCCAGUUCUACAGUUCUGUGAUUCAGGUAGUGGGGGGGAUGAGCCGUUUUGUGAGGUGGGGCAAGUGGGUUCCACCACGCCAGUGAAUCUUCAUUUUUCUCUGUGCCUAAGCCCAUAUCCUUGAGGGUCUCUUGGCUGCUCCUGUAAGAAAUAGGAUUUCAGGAGAAUCAGAACCUGAAUGUCCAUUUGUUCCCAUUCAGAUUUAAAGAGCAGUUUUCACAGAGAAAGGGCUGGGGCAAAAGGAAAAGGGCACUCAGACACAGUACUUUAAAUUGUAGACGUGUGCCUAGAAAGUGUGGGGCAAAAGCUUAGUGUGAGCCCUCUGGUUUUACGGAAAUCACUUGUCGCCCUACACUCUGAACAGCCCUUGUUCUUGCUGUGGGGGACACAGUUUAUAAACCCUUGAAAUAACCCCCUCCCAAGGGGCCUCUUUGGGGUCUUCCCAUGAGCCCCAGGAGAGUUGAGAGGGGCACGCAGCCCGGCCUCACAUGGUGUCCUGCCCCCACCCCAGACAGGACUCCAGACCCUCCAAGUCUCCCUAUUUUCCAGGGACAUCCCUGACUUACAGAAGCCGUCCCGGUUUCUGAUUUGAUCGUGGAACGUCCCACUUUCCCUUAGGAUGUCCCUAUUUUGAUUGGAGAAAUGUUGGAGGGCAUGGAGUUAUGUGACCCUGAGCCGCUGGAAGGCAUUUUAAAAAUGCUUAAUGUUUUUAUAUAUGUUGGAAGCUGCCUAGAGUGGCUGGGGAAACCCAGUAAGAUGUGUGGGGUUUAAAGAGUAAAAUUAUCGUGAUGGAAUGGGAUUGUCCCUAUUUUCAUUGGAGAAAUGUUGGAGGGUAUGGGACCCGAGGAGGGCCAGUUCACACAUUUCAGCCUGCUAGCCCUCUCUGUAUUAGAGACCCAGCAGAUCCUCCCAUGCCUGGAAAUGGGUGGUCCAAGUGGGCCUCUUCCCCCACUUUCUUCACAACAACCCUGCCAGGUUGGUUCCUGCCUUGUUUGAAGCUGCUUAAGGUGAUAUUCAGGGCUGUGUGGGACCCUCUCCCUGUGCCAGAGAAGCCCCCCCACCCCAGACUGGCAUCCCACCCCCCAAGCACUGAUGCCCCCCUCUCUUUCCGUCCUCUAGGCUGCUCCUGCCCGGCUUUCACCUCCAACUUCCUGUGCGCUGCCUGCGACCGGCGCUGGGAGGAGCAUGAGACUUUCUUUGAGUCGGAGGAGACGCGGCGGAAGGGGGGCCGGCCGUGCGGUACGGGCAGGAGGGGAGCAAGGGAGGGGGCACUGUGGGGGCCGCAUUUCCCCCAGCCUAUCCUUCUAGUGCCCACAACUGAAGCUAGUCAGUUUCCCAUCCUUCCACCCCAAUUCCAUGGGGCUCUGCUCCAGCGGAAGCUCAUGAAGCACCGAGGGCAGCCCCACAGAGAGCGCAUUGCAGUAGCCUGGCCUUGAGGUUGCAAAGGCAAAGAUCAGGGGUCAGUAGACUUUUUCAGCAGGGUUCCGGUCCACUGUCCCCCAGAUUUUUGUCGGGGGCUGGACUAUAUUUUGAAUGAAUUCCUAUGCCCCACAAAUAACCCAGAGAUGCAUUUUAAAUAAAACGACACAUUCUACACAUGUAAAAACACGCUGAUUCCUGGACCGUCCGCGGGCCAGAUUUAGAAGGUGGUGGGGCUGAAUCUGGCCCCUGGGACUUAGUUUGCCUACCCAUGGCAUAGAUUAACACACUCUGCCGCUCUCUUUCCUUGGAUAUGUUACUCCAGUAAGCCAAGCCAGACCUCUGUGCUCUGAAUUUACCUUCUGAAAUUGUGGAGGUCACCCUAACUUUUCACAAAACUGCUGCCAGCCUUGCCAUGGUGCCUCUGAACUCUGCGUAUUAGCUUGGAUUCUUGCAUUGCAGGGGGCUGGGCUGGAUGACCCUUUGGGGUCCCAAUUCUAUGAACAAAGUAGCAUCCUCAUUUUCAUCCCUGCAGUUACCCUCAUGUUCAAAUUCAGAUUCUACAACCAUCUGGGAAUUUUUCCACUCAAUAUUCUGGUUUCACAGCCUCCCCGAUCCUUCCUGGAGAGCCAGCCUUUGGGUGCUGUGUCCUCCUGGCUUCCGGGGCCCUUCCUCCUGCCCCUGCCAGGCUCCGUCCCACACCUGCCUCUCUCUCCCCCAGGAGAAGCCUAUCUGCCUUUUGCCGAGAUGCCCGAACUGCGUGAUGCCGUCCUGACGGGGCGCUCCGAGGACACCUCUGCCUACCAAGCCCUGCAGGGCCAGGCCUUCCCGGCCCUGCCUGCCCCCUCUGGCUCACGCGCUCUGCCUCUUCCCCCCUCAGGGCCCCGGAGGAUAGUGGAGAAGGACCACAAGAAGGCCUGAGGGUGGCCGGCGGACGGGACCCCCCACAGCGAGAGGCAAUAAAGAGAGGCUGCUCUA